AUGCGUACCUACGACGAUACCUUCUCCGGUGAGAAGAUCUACCCUGGAAAGGGAAAGCUCUACGUCCGUGGUGACAGCAAGAUCUUCCGAUUCCAAAAUGGAAAGACCGAGUCCCUUUUCCUCCAGCGCAAGAACCCCCGCCGAAUUGCGUGGACAGUUCUUUUCAGACGACAACACAAGAAGGGUAUCUCUGAGGAGGUAGCCAAGAAGCGAUCCCGCCGUACCGUCAAGUCCCAGAGAGCCAUCGUUGGUGCUUCCCUCGAUGUCAUCAAGGAGCGCCGAUCAAUGCGACCAGAAGCCCGAUCCGCCGCACGCGCAGAGGCCAUUAAGGCAGGAAAGGAGAAGAGAGCAGCUGCCAACAGCGCGAAGAAGGCAGAGAAGGCAAAGACCGCCGCGAGUCAAGCUAAGGGUGGAAAGGUUCUCAGCAAGCAAGGUGCGAAGGGUGCUCAGCAGAAGGUUGGCCGAAACACCAAGUGA